GGCAGCUUGGCCGCCGCUGCUGGUGCGGCAGGAUGAUGAGCCGCGCGUUUGCGGGUGGGCCAGGCGGCGCAGAAUGCCGAUCCGCCCCCCCAGAUGCCGCUGCUCUCGCUCGGCGCUCACUCCGCGCCCUUGGCCCUCGUCCGAACGACGGGCGACGUGGCGCUCUAUCUCUGACACAUGGCGCAAUUUUGGACGCUGCGGCGUCGGGCUGGGCCGUCUCUGGGGUCGGGGAAAGCAGCCGCAGCUGCGGCGCAUCGCAGGCGCUGCGCUCGCCUUGGCCCUCGAGCGCGCUGCUGGCAAGGUCGGCCAGGCACCCUCUGCGGCCUCUGCAGAUGCUGCACGCUGAGCCAGCAUUCAGGCACCUUCGCUCGGAGUCGUGCGCUCGAUGCUUGAGCUGCAUGUGCCUGUCACUCCGCUGCUGGGCCAAGGCUGCGUCCAUCGCUGCGUCUGUCCCAGCUGCAGCUGUCUCGAGGUUCGCGCGCGCGCAACGGUCCGUGCCAAGCCCGAGAGGCGCACGGGAGCGUCCGGAGCGGCGCAGCUCCGCACCGCAAGCCGCACAAACGGCGUCGGCGACGGCGCCGGCGCCGCUGCUGCCGCUUGCAUUGCACUUGCGGGGCUCCGUACGGGAUGUCAGCGCAGGUGCAGCAGCGGCACCACUCCAGCAGCGCAGUCGGGGGCUCGCUUGCGCAGCUGCGGGGCUCCAGAUCGGACCGGCGAGCCCGCGCGUUCCCGCCGUAGCGUGCUCCAGCCGCCGACUCGGACCGCGACGUGCAGGCCAAGCCCUCUGGCCCCUGCCGGCCACCGACUCGGCUGAGCAGCCUCUGCAGCUUCCGUGCCUUCCCAACGCUACGCCUCCUGGGCGUCGUCGGAGCCAGCGUGCAGCUCGCAGGGCUUGGCAGCCAAGCCUUGAUCGGGCAGCGCCGGACCGCCGCUCCUCGAGGGGUGCGGGGCACCGCAUCCACCCCGCAUUCUCCCGGCCGCUCGCGGGGCCCAACCUUCCCGACGGCUCGUCAUCUUGCCGCCACCUCAUGCAGCUCACACGACUGCGUGCUGGGCCGCACGUCAGAUCGCGUGCCAGCGGCGUCGCGUGCAGCCGGAAGCAAGGGCCCUCGGCAGCGCCCCGUGGCUGAAAAUGCCGGCCAGUGCUCUGUGUAAUGAUGGAUUGCGCAGAUACAGCACCUGCCACGGCCGCGCGCUCAUUGGUAAAAGUCCAUCUUGCCGUCGCCGUCCUUCUUGACUGUUUGCUUCCAGGCCCUGCAGAGUG